GGUUCAGCCACCUCUCUGUCGCCAGCCAUGCCAAAGAGCUACGAGCGGAAACUCCGGGAGGCAGAGGAGCGUCGCAGACCCAGGGUGCAGGAAGAGGCCUACAAGGCCGUGGAGGGCAAAACACAGAAGAUGAUGCUGGGUUUCGACCACCCAGAGACUCUACAGUUUGAGAUGCAGUUGACGUGGGUCGAGGACACAUGGACGGUAGAGCAACUCCAUGACCACCUGAUGUCAGAAGUUCGGCGGCUGGACGCUGAAUACAGGCGCAAGCCGCUUCGGGGCAACUACUCGCAGAAAUACCUCUGGUUUGACCGGUUUGUCCUGCGGCCUCGAGUGCAGGGACGUGAGCUGACUCUGCAAGACUAUGGCAUCGAGCCUGGCUAUCGUGUGAAAGUCAGCCCGUUUUACCAGUCCGAACAGAUGUGGGGCCAGCCAUUUCCCUUUGACCACAGUAAAGAGCGGCCCCCCGACCAGAUGAGCCCUUGCGAGGAUCCAAAGCUAUUGGUCCGCCUGGAUAAGGGCAGCGGCGACUUCUC